AUGAAGCCCACCAGCACGUCGGCAUUGCUCAAUGCUUUCCAGGGCUUGAGGUUAUGCACCUCUUCGCCUCUGAGACAACUUCGUGCACCCCUCCAGCAAACGUCCAAGACGCUUGAUGCGACCCGACGACUCCAAAAUGUCCGAGCCUUUUCGACGACCUCAUCGAUGCUGGGCAGCUGGCUGGAACCCAAUCUGAACCGAAAGAAGAAGAUGGCCAAGGGUCGACCUCGUGUCGCAACGGGUGGUUCUACCAAGGGUACAACAGUGCUCUUUGGCGAAUACGGUCUCCGAAUGACGGAUCACCACCGAAGAAUCAGCGCAAAGCAACUAAAGAUGGCCGAGGACACCAUUAAAGUGCGACUUCGAGGACAAAAAUACCGACUAUACAAGCGAAAGAACUGUAACGUCGGUGUUUACGUCAGCGGUAACGAUAUGCGUAUGGGUAAGGGUAAGGGUUCUUUUGACCAUUGGGCCACCCGAAUGGCUGUGAGCCAAAUUCUUUUCGAGAUCCGAGGAAAACUUCACGAACAAGUUGUGAGGGAUGCCUUCCGCUUGGCUGGAAACAAGCUGCCUGGCCAGUGGGAAUUCGUAAAGAGGGGAGAUGCUCCAGUGGUUGGAAUCACCAAGUUGGAUGGUGUUACUCUGGAAGAGUUGAAGAGACCUCGACGACAGAUUGCUCCCAUAGAGCUGCUAGAGGCUUCCAAGGACACAGCAGAGACCCUUGUUGGAAGCACAUCUGAGGCUUCCCGCAACCUUUAG